UGAAAGAAAGAGACUGUGAAAGAGAAAGAAAGAUAGACAGACCUAGACAAAGAGAGAGAGAGAGAAAGAGAGAGAGAGAGAGAGAGAGAGAGAGAGAGAGAGAGAGAGAACAUCCUUCCUACUUCAGAUAGGGCUGGUCGGGGCCCACGCAUGCUUUUGCUCACGCUUUUCUGCAAGAAAAAUACCGCGUCUUGCUUUGGCGACACUCCAGCAUUUUUGCGUCCACUUUUUCGCCGCGAGGCCGUGCCAACGACAGGACUUGCCUGGAUAUAGCAGUUCCCCACUAACCCCCCCCCCCCCCCCCCCCCCCCCCCCCCCCACCUCUUCUUCCUCCUUCUCCUCCUCUUCGUCCUCCUCCCCAAUUUGCACCCCCCACCCCUGCUUCCACCCGAGGACAUCACCCAUGCCCGGCAUUUCUGUGCGCCAACCUGUGCCAACUGAGAGCGGUUGCCGACGCACACGCGCGUAUCUCCACGAGAGAACCUGCAGGAGGGGAGAGACAGACACACUGCACACGCUCCGAGGGGGAAACUACUGCUGCCGCCGCCGGACCGACUAUUUUUCCCCCCUCCGCUGAUAGAGGAGGGGAAGACAGACAGAGAGAGAGAGAGAGAGAGAGAGAGAGAGAGAGAGAGAGAGAGAGAGUUCUUUUGGCAAAGGGGGUGGGAGGAAGAAACUGUGAAAAGGUACCGACCUUGGAAAAAGAAAGAGAGAGAGAGAAAGGGGAAGAGAAAGGGAGUGUGUGUGAGAGAGAGAGAGAGAGAGAGAGAGAGAGAGAGAGAGAGAGAGAAAAGAGGGUAAGGUGAGUGGAUUUGGCAGGAGCUCAGAGAGGUAUGCCACAGAGACGAGCCAGAGCAGAGACCAGAGCAGAGGAGUGAGGGAGCAAGAGAGAUAGAGAGAGAAGAAAAGAGAGAAGAAAGGAGGACAAAAAAGAAGGAGAGCAAGGACAGGAGAAGGGGAAGAGCUUCUCAGGUGAGCAGCAGGGAAAAGACGUGGAGAGAGAGAGAGAGAGAGAGAGAGAGAUAAGCCGAGAAAUAGGUUGAAGGGAAAAAAAGGAAAAAGAGAGAGAGAGAGAAACAGUGAACGUGAGAAAGAGAGAGAGAGAGAGAGAGAGAGAGAGAGAGAGAGAGAGAGAGAGAGAGAGAGAAAUCUAGGCACCUUUGUGAUAGACAGAGUUAAAGCCAGCUGUCUACAACUAGAGAGUGAAAGAGAGAAGAGAGAGACAAAAAAGAGAACGCAUGGUGGAUUCGGAGAGAGGAGAGCAGCGAGUUGCCAUGCAACGCCACGGUGUGCACCGGUCACCCCGCUGGGCGUCCGCCUGCUGGGCUCUGUGCGCGGCGGCGCUGGCCUUGUCGUCGGUGACGCGCCCGUGCCAAGCCGAGGACGCCAGCGCCAUCCGCUGCCCCGUGUGCUCGGAGGAGCGUCUGGCCAGCUGCCGUCAGCCCGAGGGCUGCGCCGAGACGGUGCGCGAGGCGGGCUGCGGCUGCUGUCCGACGUGCGCGCUGUCGCGCGGCGCCCCCUGCGGCGUCUACACACCGCGCUGUGGCACGGGCCUCCGCUGCUACCCGCCGCGCGCCGCCGACCGCCCGCUCCACGCGCUCAUGCACGGACAGGGCAUAUGCACGGACGAACGCGAGGUGGAGGAGCGCAGCGCAGCCAUGGAGAGGUCGGGGGAAGAGAGCGUCAUCCCUGACCAUCCCAACAACAGCAACAUCCGCUGCAGCCCCCAGGACAAGCGCUGCAUCCAGAAGACUCUGGCCCGCCACCCAGGCAAGUCCACCAAUCAGAGGAGCCACAGCGCCCGUGAGGACCCCAAGGCCGCCCUGGCCCCAUGCCGCGCCGAGCUCCAGAGAGCCCUGGACCGUCUCGUGUCCAACACCCGCACGCACGAGGACCUCUACACCAUCCCCAUCCCCAACUGUGACAAAAACGGAGACUUCCACGCCAAACAAUGUCACCCGGCGCGAGACGGGCAGCGGGGCAAGUGCUGGUGCGUGGACCAGAAGACGGGCAUGAAGCUGCCCGGGCCCCUGGAGCUGCGCGGCGACCUCGACUGCCACCAGCUCACGGUGGCCCAGGUGCGGGAGUGACAUCACCUGGCGUCACGCCGGCCCAGAGAAGGGGUCUCGGGGAGUGAGGGGCAUGUUUUGAGGGACACCCCUCCCUCCCUUUCUCUCUCACUCUGAACCAAUAAUGUGCAGUACCAUGUGCUCUCAGGCCAGCUGCAUCCCCACUAGUGCUGAGGUCGUGUGUAACUAUGAAAGGACUUGACCUGAAAAAAAAAAACUCCACCAACUUUGAGGAGGAAUGGUACUUGAGUAUGCUACAAAGAAAAAAAAAACAUAGAGAUGUCUUCUUAUGUUAUCAUUGUUUUAUUAUAAUUUUUUUGUGACUGUUUUGUGAGCUUAUGUAUGUGUGGAUGGGUGUUUGUUUUUCUUUGUGCUAUAUAUAUAUAUAUAUAUAUAUAUAUAUAUAUAUAUAUAUAUAUAUAUAUAUAUAUUAUAAAGUCUUUUGAGCACUUGACUGUCUUUUAAUAUCAGUGAAGUUAUACAAAUGUGCUGGCUUUAAAGUAAAUAAAAAAGAAAACAAAAGAUUAAGGUUUAUGUGGAAGAGAUCCAAAUAAAUAGCUUUAAAAGCUGUUCUGAACAUGA